GCCAUGAAGCAGUGCAAGUUGGCGUCGCUGCGCUACUUCAUGCGCGCAGCCGAGGUCUUCACUGCUACAGGGACUAUCGUGACCGUCUUGAGCGUUGCCGACGUGUGCUUGACAUCGGCGGAAGCGACCGCGAUAUCGGGCUGGCAUGUUACGGUUGAGAUCGUCAACUUGGCCCAGCAGAACGCCGCACUUGCGUUCAUCGUCACCUUCCGGUAUUUCUACAUCGCGCUGUCCCGCGGCAGCCUGCUAGCAGCGAUCAAGAAGCACCCGCUCUCCACCUCCCUGUACGCGCUGCUGGUGACGCACGAAUACUCCUUCAUCAUCGCACGGAACGCCGUCGAGUCGAGCACUCAGAUGUCGUGGAAGCCGCUCCAGGGGUUCUACAUGCGGGUGCUGGUGCUGCUUUGUAUCUGGGCCAACGCUCGCGACCACGCAGCGUCACGAGCGCGGAGACGGCGACCAAGGACGACUCCACAAGCGUCCAAGAAUCGGCACGUGUCCAGCGUGGUGCCUCAAUCGUCUCUGCUCCCGUCAGCGACGCGGCAUCGAGCAUCGCCGUCGGGCGCACUGCGCCUGUCGUCGGCCAUGUCUAGGCAGUCGUUGCGGAAGGUGUACCAACUUCACUCGCCGGUGGUGGCGCCGCAACCCACGCAGUCUGCCAUGAGCGCGUUCAUGAAUUCACUGGCAGGCGCAGCCGAAUCACUUCCGCAGUAGCAAUGUCUCUGAGUUUUGCCUCGGAGCCCAUCACCUUUCGAUCUCAAGCCGAUGAAUGAAUGG